AUGAGGCUCACGGACAUUUUACUCGCAUUGACUUUGGUGGUCACCAGUAGCAUGGCAGUAGUCCCACCUAGUGAAAAUGUUCAAAAACCCCAAUCAAACCAGAAUCCUAGAUGCCAACCGGGAUCAUCAAAUGGAUGCCAGCCGACAAUCAGUAGUCCAAGUAACAUACAUGAAUCAAGUGAUCAAGUUCAGAAAAGAUAUGAAGAUUUACAGAAACAGGUGGAAGAUGCCAAGGAAAACAUGAAGCGAAAGUGUGAUGAGUAUCAUAAAUCCAAGAAUGAACUUAUAUCGAGUCAAACCGAUGGAGGAUUAGGUUUAGGCUCGUUUUUUGGCAAGUUUUUACCAGAUUCCAUUAAAAACAAGUUUGGCAAAACUUCGACUCUUACAAAAAAUAGCUUGUUUUAUCUUGAUUUCCAAUGUAUACGAGCAAAACGUAUCUGCAAACUAAAUAAGAAAAAACUUCAAAAGUUCAAGAGAACUCAUGGCAUUGGAUUCAUGGCCAAACUGUACAACUUUUUCCAGUGGUUCAAAAACUAG